AUAUGGAAUGAAUUUGGUACUGAUAGUACGUUUCAGAAUAAAUCAAAUACUCAACAAACUUUUAAGAGAUUAGAUAAUUUAUUAUACUAUAUUGAAAAUAAUCCAUCAAUUUUACGUGGAUUUAUUGAAGCAAAAUAUUCUAAUAUAUUUGAGUUAGAAUAUAAAUAUUAUAAAGCUGAAAAAAAAAUAAAUACUAUAAUCAAAUCAGCAAAAAGAGAUGCAAAUUACUUAGAAGCUAAAAUAGAACAAGGAAAUCAACCAAACCUUGUUUUUAAUCUACAAAAGUCAGAUAUUAAUUUCGUUUUAAUACAAGCACUAAGUAAUAAAAUAACAAAAACUCAAAACCAACUAAAUAAUACUAAAAAACGAUUACGUUACUCAUAUAAUAAAAUAAUAUCCUUACAAGAAUUGUUAGAAAAUGAAUCUGAUAAUUCAAGUAAUAAUAGUGAAAAUAGCGAUAUAGAAAAAGAUCAAGAUUUUUUAUCUAUAACAAGCAAAACUUCUGAACUUCAAGAAAUUAUAAAUACAAUGAUUACUAAAAGCAAAUUAGGCUCUAGUUUGUUUGUUAGUACAAAUACUUUUCUUGAAUUAAUUAUUAAUCAACCAUGUUCAGCAUGUUUCAAUACUGAUAUUACAACCAAAAAAUAUCAAAUAAUGACUUGUGAAUUUUCUGUAAAGAUUAAUAUUACUUGUAAUAAAUGUUCUACAACCAUGUUUCAUAAAAAUAAAGAAGCUGGAAUUGACUAUUUAAAGCUUGUUGCUAGAGCAAGUUUAGUUGGAGGUGUAAAUAAAGAAGAAUAG